UCGUUUCCUUCUGGCAUCUUCCACUACUACUACACACACACACACACUCUCUUACUGUUUCAAACAUGAAAGUGAGCGGCUCGGCGAGCGGUGGCGUUGGAGGAGGAGGAGGAGGAGGAGGAGGUUGAUGAGAAAGAAGUGGGUAACCGUGAAACGCCGGGUUAUAAGAAUGGGUACAAGUAAUGCUGAUAUAACUUGGCUGCCUAACCGAAAAUGUUUUUCCUACAAGAUGGACAGUUUCAAGGCUGCUGAGAUGAAGAGAUCAACAAGGAUAUAUUAAACUAUGGGAUCAUGUACUUUAUUUCUAUGCAUUUCAUUGUAGCAUAACUUUCCUGCUGAAAACCAUGGCGAUCUUUAAUCCAUGGAAGUUAUCUUCACAAAAACUGGGAUUAUUUUUGGUAACCUUUGGCUUCAUAUGGGGUAUGAUGCUUCUUCAUUUCACCAUUCAGCAACAGACCCAACAUGAAAGUAGUAUUAUACUUCGAGAGCAGAUUCUAGAUCUUAGUAAACGAUACAUCAAAGCAUUAGCAGAAGAAAACCAAAAUGUAGCAGAUGGGCCGUAUGUUGGUACAAUGACUGCAUAUGAUUUGAAAAAAACACUGGCUGUACUCCUUGACAGCAUUUUGCAACGCCUUGGAAAAUUGGAAUCUAAAGUUGACAAUCUUGUAUCAAAUGGGACAGGAGUGAAUUCUACCAAUAUUACAACUGUAAGUCCCAGCUCAGGCAACUCUGAAAAAGUCAAUGUGGCAGAUCUUAUUAAUGGAGCCCAGGAACGGUGUGAAUUGCCGCCUAUGGAUGGCUUCCCCCACUGUGAGGGAAAAUUGAAGUGGAUGAAGACCAUGUGGCGGUCAGAUCCUUGCUAUGCCAGUUAUGGUGUGGAUGGGUCCAUAUGCUCAUUUUUUAUUUACCUCAGUGAGGUUGAAAAUUGGUGUCCUCCUCUACUUUGGAGAACGAAGAGCCUUCGUGAAGAAUCUGACCCACAGAGCUUGGCUGAAAUUCGCACAGAUUUUAAUGACCUCUUUAAAGUGUUGUCCAUACAUGAGGAAUUUCGUUGGAUGCGGCUCAGAAUAAAUCGAAUGGCAAGUGCCUGGAUUGAAGCAAUUAAAUCACUUGCAGAAAAGAAAAAUCUAGAAAACAGAAGACAUAAAAAGAUUCUCCUCCAUCUGGGACUUUUGACGAAGGAAUCGGGAUUUAAAAUUGCAGAGAAUGCUUUCAGUGGUGGUCCUCUUGGUGAAUUAGUACAGUGGAGUGAUUUGAUUACAACACUGUACCUACUAGGUCAUGACAUAAGGAUUUCAGCGUCACUGGCUGAGCUGAAAGAGAUAAUGAAGAAAGUCAUGGGUAAUAGAUCAGGUUGCCCUACUCGUGGUGAUAAAGUAGUGGAACUAAUCUACAUUGAUAUUGUUGGUCUGACGCAAUUUAAGAAAACACUAGGUCCCUCUUGGGUUCAUUAUCAAUGUAUGCUUCGAGUUCUGGAUUCAUUUGGGACAGAACCAGAAUUUAACAGUGCUCAAUAUGCCCAAUCUAAGGGUCAUAAGACACCUUGGGGUAAAUGGAACCUCAAUCCACAGCAGUUCUACACAAUGUUUCCACACACACCUGAUAACAGCUUCCUUGGGUUUGUGGUUGAACAGCAUCUUAAUGCCAGUGAUAUUAGUCAUCUCGAGGAUAUCAAAAGACAGAAUCAGUCUCUUGUUUAUGGAAAAGUAGAUCAUUUUUGGAAGGAUAAAACAUCUUAUUUGGAUAUAAUUCACACCUACACAGAAGUCCACGGCACCGUUCAUGGGACUGUUCGUGGAGCGAGCACAGCUCACAUUCCCGGUUAUGUGAAGAAUCAUGGUAUCGUGAGCGGACGUGACCUACAGCUUCUACUGAGAGAAACCAAGUUAUUUGUUGGCCUUGGUUUUCCAUAUGAAGGCCCUGCUCCUUUGGAAGCUAUUGCUAAUGGAUGUGCUUUCCUGAAUCCAAGGUUCAACCCACCAAAAAGCAGUAAAAACACAGAGUUUUUCAAAGGCAAGCCAACCCUGAGAGAGUUGACUUCACAGCACCCAUAUGCAGAGUUGUACAUUGGGAAACCCCAUGUUUGGACUGUUAACAUUGAUGAUCCUAUAGAGGUGGAGAAUGCAGUGAAGGCUAUUCUUAAUCAAAAGAUUGAACCAUAUUUGCCCUAUGAAUUCAACUGUGAAGGAAUGUUGCAGAGAGUUGGUGCUUUUAUUGAAAAUCAGGAUUUCUGCCACGGUCAAGUGAUGUGGCCUCCAUUGAGUGUGCUUCAAGUAAAGAUUGCAUCUUCAGGAGAAUCUUGCAAGCAUGUCUGCCAAGAGAAUAAGCUUGUCUGUGAACCUUCCUUCUUUCAACAUUUGAACAAAGACAAAGACUUGCAAAAGUAUGGAAUUGAUUGCCAGUCAUCUGAAACUGUGAAUGAUAUUAUUGUUCCAGCAUAUGAUCAAUCCAAAAAGCACUGCUUCUUUCAGGGUGAUCUGCUGCUCUUCAGCUGUGCGGGUUCAAAUGGAAACUAUGAACGGAUCUGCCCCUGUAAAGACUAUAUGAAAGGACAAGUUGCUCUAUGUCAGAAUUGCCUAUAGCAGCUGCUCAUUCCUGCACACAGUAGUCGGUGCACAAUGCAAGUAACAGUAGGUCCUUAUGAGAGCAGAACACUCAUGAUACAUAAUAUGCAAAGGUAUUGACUUUUGUCUUGGAAAAGAGACAGAUUUCUUCAAUGCAAGAAGUCUGCAAGGGUAGGAGAAAAACAAGUUUCCGUAUUUCAUUUUGGAAGAAUAAAUGCUGACCUGGUCCAGUUGAUGAUGGGAAAAAAACUGCUUAAUGGACAGAAAGCAAACAAAAUCUUGACUAAUCAUUCAGAUUUAUUUAAAAUUCUUGUCUAACAAGGAGAGAUCCUUCCUUUGAGGACUAACGAAAUGCAAAUAUAAAUAGAUUACUACUUAAAGGACCAUAUUCUCAAUUCAGUUCAGAAAAUCAUAUCAAAUACCCGUUAAUCUAUUGAGUUAGGUAACUGGUGAUAAAUCAAAUUCAGCAAAGGGACAGUGCAUUCCAAGUGCAUUCUGAAAGCAGCAAGACUUUACUUUUGAAGGUCAAGAAAGAUUCAGCAACAAUAUCCCAAUAUAGACUGAGAUAAUGGCAACAAGAAUUAUGAUGGUGGCAUGGGAUAUUUAGAAUAAUGUUUGAUUAUGAUAUUUGGCAACUAUUUAAUUAUGAAGAAAAUAAUACUAUAUGAAGGGUUUUACAUUAUGAUUUGACUUUGUGUAGUACAUUUUUGAUGGUUCAAAAGAAGGUCGUCCCUGUGGUAGUAUGACGUCCAAAAUCAAUGGAUUCCAGUCAAAUAUUUGUAAAUGUGUGAUUUAUGUACUUAGCUUUGCAGAAAACUAUUAAAAUAAUUUGGUGGCAAUGUUUUCAGAAUUUUAGCCAGUCUGUCGAUCCUACUUUGAUGUAUUUCAUUCUAUAGCUAGAAAGGAGCUUAAUGGCCAUUUUAGCAGGAGAAGUUCAAUGGUGGUCUUGUUUAAAAGGAUGAGUAUUUCACAUUUUCAUUUGAUUCUAAAACAAAUCCUGGUGUGAUUUUUUUUAAAUCGGCAGUUUGCAUGAUUACAUCAUGGUUUCUGUAUAAAUGAGGUGGAGCUUCAUAUCUUUGCACUUUCAUUUCAGCUCAGGAGUGUACACAUUUAAGCAGAGUAUUAAAUCAUUGUUUUUAUCAGUUACAAAUAACGUCAGCUAUUUGCCUCCUUUACUAAGUAUAUGGGUGUAUUGCAAAACCUCAGGAGAAUGUCUUGUAGUUUAAGACACUUGACAUGUUGACAUGACAGUUGACAUGUUCUGACGAAGGGUUGUGGGCCCGAAACGUUCACUCACUUUCCUUUCUCCAGCCUGACCUGCUGAGUUUUCCCAGCUCUCUCUGUUUUUGUCUCAGGAGAAUAUCGAUCACUGCUCACCAACAUGUAUUAACUGAUCGAGUGAAUCAAUCUCAUUGCAAUAAAGAAUAAAUGUAGACUAAAAUCAACACAAGGAUCUAUUGGUGUUUCCCAUUACUGCCUAUAGGUUUACUGUGAGAUAUUUGUAUUAAUGUAAAGAUAUUAACAUGAUUGUUAAUUAGAUUGUGGUAACAUUUGACGAUCAUAGGCUCCUUUGAUCACACAACCUUUGUUUCCAUUUUCUAUUUAAUCCAAUCAUGUUCUCUUAUUUGUGGUAGCGCAAAUUGUCCCAUUAAUUCUUAUUAGGUUCAUCAAUGGUUCUAGGGGUACUUGUACGGAAAAGGACAUUUAAAAAAUCUGGCCCAUAAUAAGUAUAAUCGAUAACAUUUUAGAUUGACUUUUGGAACCUUAGAAAAGGCAAAUAAUAGCAGACUUAUCCAAACAAAUUUGCACAUUUGUAUAUAAAAAAUUAACAAUUUAAUGUUAGUCGCUUUGUAUUUUGCUUCAUUGUUUGUGCUUGUAAAUAUUAAACAUGUUUCCUGUAAUUGAGAUGCUAUAUAAUGUAAAUUACGUGCCUUUGAGGGUAGUAAAGUUGCUUUAUCAACUUAUACAAAUGCUAAAUAUACACUUCAUGGCAGGCAAGGUUAAAAAAAUGUACAUUAUUGUGAAGUUAGAAAAUGGAGCAAAAUGGUUUUCCUGUAUAUUUGCGCAAGUGCUAAGUGGUAUAUGAUUGAAAUAAUGUGUGCUUUGAAAGCUGGACUUGAGAGCUUAAAGACUUUGUUUUCACAGUUUUUGAUGAUGAACAGGNAAAAAAACCUUUAUUUUUCAAUAAAUCUUUUCUGUGAAGAAGA